UCUAAACCCUCCUUACUCCCGUCAAAAGAAACCCUAGCUCUCUUCCGUUUCUCACGGUAAAAUUGAAAUUAACGAAAAACUAAUAUGAAAAUUUCAUAAAUCUGUUGGGGGUUUCAAAUCAAAAUCCAUUUGUUCGAAUCGUAACUUUUUUCUUGUGUUCCUAGUUUUCGGAUUCCUUGAAGAAUUCAAUGUUCCGUGAUAUCGACACAGAUCUAAAAAAUGUGUGCACGAGCAUAUGAUGGAAUGUGAAAAUUGUGGUUUUUGGAUUUUUGGUCUGUGGGUUGAGGAUUGUUCAUGGAAAAUAGAAUAAGAAACUCAAGUGGAGAGGAAAUUCCGAAGAAAUCAAGAUCUUUGGAUCUUAAGAGUCUGUAUAAAUCUAAGUUCACAAAGGAAUCGCCAAAAAAGAGUUUGAAGAGGAAGGAUAGCUCAGUAGCUGGUGAUGGUGAUAAGAAGAAGAAGAUCAAAAAAAGUAGGAAAGCAGUUUCUCUCAGUAGUUUAAAAAAUGUUGAUAGUAAUAGCAGAAAGAGUUUAGAGGAUGUGCCCAAUGGUGAUGUGAGUGUGCAUGAUUUGCAGGAAACGAAGCUGGGUUUGGGUCAGAAAUUGAAUAAUGGAAAUGGUUUUAACUGCAUUUCCCUUUGUUUGGAUGAUAGUGUCGUACAGAUUCCAAAGCGAAAGCGUGGGUUUAUUGGGAGGAACAAAUUUGAGAGUAAUCAAGCGUCGAAGCCAGCAGAGCAAUCAACAAGUAAAACGAACCUGGUUAAUCCUAUAACUAAGAUAGCUGAUGAAGAUUCAGGCUCUCAGGCUGAGCUUUCUAAGGUUACACUGAAGAAAGGUUUAGAUGAAUUAAAGGAAAAUAGAAAUAAAGGUUCAAAUUCUGCUCAGAAUAAAGAGGAGCGUAGGCAGGCUGGUCACUCAGCUGUAAAUAAUGGUGAAUCCUCCUUGAAAAAGUCUUGUGGUAGUCACAGGAAAAGGAAAGCAUUGGUACCAGGUAGCAAAAAUCGUGCUCAGGAUGCUGAGGCCUCAGUUGAUACUUCUAGCAAGAAAGGAGAUGAUUUGCCAGAAGAUGAUGGGGACAACCUUAAAAAGAAUGCUGUACAUAAUGGCGAAUCCUUGUUGAGAAAGUCUCAAAGUAGUCACAGGAAACGGAGAGUAUUGGCACUGGAUAGCAAAACUCUUGCACAGGAUGCCGAUGCUCCUGCUGAUACUUCUAGCAAGCGAUGUGAUGAUUUGCCAGAAGAUCAUGAGGAGAACCUUGAAGAGAAUGCUGUAAAUAAUGGUGAAUCCUCCUGGAAAAAGUCUAGGAAUAGUCACAGGAAAGGGAAGGCAUUGGCACAAGGUAGCAAAAGUCUUGGACGAGAUGCUGAGGCUUCUGUUGAUACUUUUAGCAAGAUAGAUGAUGAUGAGGAGAACCUUGAAGAGAAUGCUGCAAGGAUGCUAUCUUCACGGUUUGAUCCAAGCUGCACAGGAUUUGUUUCAAACAGCAAAGUUUCUGCUCCAUCUAUCAACGGGUUGUCUUUCUUAUUAUCUUCUGAUCGGAAGUUUGUUAGUCGUGGAUCUAAAUCUUCCUCUACAUCUGGAUCUGUAUCACUUGAUGCUGCUGGUAGAGUAUUGAGGCCACGGAAGAAUCACAAAGAGAAAGGAAACUCCCGGAAGAGGCGCCAUUUUUAUGAAAUUUUCUCAGAAGAUUUUGAUGCAGACUGGGUGUUGAACAGACGAAUCAAGGUUUUUUGGCCUUUGGACCAGAGUUGGUAUUAUGGUCUCGUAAAUGAUUAUGACACAGAAAGAAAGCUGCAUCAUGUGAAAUAUGAUGAUCGUGAUGAGGAGUGGAUUAAUUUACAUAAUGAAAGAUUUAAACUUUUGCUAUUUCCCAGUGAAGUUCCUGGCAAGGCUCAGCGGAAAAGAUCUCGGGUAAGUGACAGAUAUUCUCACAAGGGAAAAGGGAAACCCAACAAAGGUAAGGAAAAGAGAAACUUGACUGUAGACGAUGAUAGUUGUAUGGGUAGUUAUAUGGACUCAGAACCUAUCAUCUCAUGGUUGACCCGAUCUACACGUCGGGUCAAAUCUUCUGCAUUUCGUAGUAUGAAGAAGCAAAAAACAUCUAGCCAACCGCUGAUUGAUGCACCAACCUUACUAUCUAGUGAAGCUGUGAGUGCAGAUGGCUGUGUCACAUGGCAGUUAUUGAAAAGGGAUAAACUUCAAUUACAAAUUAAUUCUAUGUCAUUAGAAAAACUGGAUGAGGUUAGGAGGUCCAAUGAAUCUGUGUCAAAGGGUUCAACUUGCCCAAAAAACAACAAACUUCCAAUUGUUUAUUUUAGGCGCCGAUUUCGUAGGACAGGAAAAGCUUCUCCCAGUACUGCUGGAGGCAAUAAUGCUGGUGGGUUUGCAUAUGAACCUGCUACCUCUUUUGUUCCUGUUGUUGAUAGGUUGUCGAAUUUGGGAGAAUAUGAUGCCGUGGGAAGUUUGGAUCAUCAGGCAGCCUUGUGGCUCAAGGAUGAUCUGGGACUGUUAAAAUUAUCUAUUCCAUUGAUAGAAUCAAAACAAUUUAGAUUUGACUUGAGUUUGUCUGCAGUUCCAGUUCUGAAUUAUUUGUUUGGAGCAGAGAAUUUGUGGUUGUUCCGUGCAGAAUUGCUGCUUCAAUUUGGUACAGUGGUGAAUAUGUGGCCAAGAGUUCAUUUGGAGAUGCUUUUUGUAGACAAUGUAGUUGGAUUAAGAUUUCUCCUUUUUGAAGGCUGUUUAAAGCAAGCAAUAGCAUUGGUAUUCCAAGUACUAACUGUAUUUAGUCAAUCUACUGACCAAGGAAAGUGUGCUAACCUGCAGUUGCCGAUCACGUCAAUCAGGUUCAAACUUUCUUGCAUCCAAAAUCUUAUGAAGCAGCUUGUGUUUGUUUUCUGUAACUUUGCCGGAGUGAAGAAUUCAAAGUGGCUAUACGUAGACAAUGUGCUGAAAAGACAUUGUCUGCUUUAUAGGCACUUGCCUCUCUCAGAAUGCACCUAUGAUAAUACUAAGGCGCUUCAGAAUGGGGCUAAUCAGUUAGUCAGUUCUGUUGCUUGUGGGGAUGCAUCUUCUACAGAGGGGUUGCAUAGAAGGUUUAGGCAGAAUGUCACUCUAAUGAGUGUAUGCAAGGAAUCUUCUUAUGGUAACAUCAGUCUGUUUGAUUCUGAUUCUGACAAAAAGCGGAGUUGUGUUCCUCCAUUUGCCCUUUCUUUUGCUGCUGCACCCACUUUCUUUCUUAGUUUGCAUCUUAAGCUGCUUAUGGAAAAUAGCCUGGCUAACAUGAACUUUUCUGACCAUUGUUUGUUGGAGCACAUGGAAAGUUUUGGGGGUUUGACAGUGGAUGAAUGCUCUAGCAUAGUGGACUGUUCGAACAGAUGUCAUCAAAGUACUUUUGAGAAUAAUUUGAAGGAACUGUCAGAGGAUGCUACUUGUCAUGCAUGCUUGUCUAGUGCUAAAUCAGAGUUAAAAACUGGUGAUUUCUCUGGUUCCAGUGGUAGACAUUGGGAUAUGUCAUCUGGGAAGUGUCCAAAUGAUGCUGUGGAUGUUGCUGGAACUUCUGCCAGCUCCCAUGGCCUUGAAGAAAUUGUAAGUGAAUCUAUUGUUCCCUUGAAGAAAUGGCAGUGUCAGCAGCCAGAGUCAGAACAAUGUGUUUCAUCAUCAAGUCCUUCAGUUGAUAGAGACAAAGCUGAUGUUGAACGUGAUUCUCUUUUUGAUGAUAUCAGGGUUGAAAUUCCUAUUAACCAGACAGAAAAAAAUGUUGAUAGGGAACUACAUGGUCCUCAACAAUCAGCAGAUCUAACUUGGAAUGUGAAUGGUGGUAUUAUUCCAACCCCAAAUCCAACUGCUCCUAGAAGUACGUGGCAUCGAAAUAGAAGUACUUCUUUGUCACUUGGGUACCUCUCUCAUGGAUGGUCAGAAGGAAAGGCCGACUUUUUGCAUAAUAAUUUUGGAAAUGGACCUAAGAAGCCACGUACUCAGGUCUCAUACUCAUUGCCUUUUGGAGGUUUUGAUUACGGCUCAAGGAGUAAGGGCCAUCAUCAGAAAGGGGUUCCUCACAAAAGGAUUAGGCGGGCUAGUGACAAGAGAUCAACUGAUAUUUCUAAGGGUUCUCGAAAAAACCUGGAGUUGUUAUCUUGUGAUGCAAAUGUUUUAGUCACACUUGGCGACAGGGGAUGGAGAGAAUGCGGGGCACAGAUUGUGCUAGAGCUUUUUGAUCAUAAUGAGUGGAAGCUUGCUGUAAAAAUUUCUGGGGCUACAAAGUAUUCAUACAAGGCGCACCAAUUUUUACAGCCUGGGUCUACAAACCGGUUUACUCAUGCAAUGAUGUGGAAAGGAGGGAAAGACUGGACCUUGGAGUUUCCAGAUAGAAGCCAAUGGGCUCUUUUCAAGGAGAUGCAUGAAGAGUGUCACAAUCGAAACAUUCGUGCUGCUUCAGUAAAAAACAUCCCAAUUCCUGGGGUUUGCUUGAUAGAGGAAAAUGAUGACAAUGGAACGGAAGUACCAUUUAUUCGCAGCUCCUCUAAGUUCUUUCGGCAGCUUGAAAAUGAUGCUGAAAUGGCUUUGGAUCCAUCACGUGUCUUGUAUGACAUGGAUAGUGAUGAUGAACAAUGGAUCCUGAGAACUCGUCAGUGUUCUGAGGUUGACAAUGGCAGCUCAUGGGAUAUUUCUGAAGAAAUGUUUGAGAAGGCAAUGGACAUGUUUGAGAAAGCUGCAUACGUGCACAAGCGUGAUCAUUUAACAUCUGAGGAAGUAGAAGACUUCAUGGCUGGAGUUGGGCCUAUUGCCAUAAUUAGAAGAAUCUAUGAGCACUGGAGGCUGAAAAGGCAGAGGAAUCGAAUGCCAUUGAUUCGCCAUCUCCAGCCGCCACUAUGGGAAAGGUAUCAGCAGCAAGUUAGAGAGUGGGAGUUAGCCAUGACCAAGAUCAAUACCACCAUUAGUGGUGUCUGUCAAAAGAAGGCUGCAGCUGUUGAGAAGCCAGCCAUGUUUGCUUUCUGUUUGAAACCACGAGGCUUGGAAGUGCCCAACAAGGGAUCAAAACAGAGAUCACAGAAGAAAAUUUCAGUUUCUGGGCAAAAUAUCACUGCAUCUGGAGAUCAUGAUGGAUUACAUAAUUUUGGAAGAAGAUCAAAUGGCUUUGCUUCUAGCGAUGAAAAAGUCUUGGGCCCAGGGCACAUCUAUGAAUCUCUAGAGGAAUGUCCAUUGCCUCAGACAUCACCAAGGGUAUUUUCGCCUCGGGAUUCUAGCAUUAUGGGUUAUUUCUCUGUGAAUGGUGAUGGAUAUGAUAGGAGUCAUCAGCAGAAACUUCAAAGGAGCAAGUCAAGGAAAUUUGGGGCUUUUGUAUCUUCUUCGUACAAUCAGAGACUAAUGGGCAGGAGGAAUGGAAUUCAUCGAUGGAACACAGGCUAUUCUGAUUGGCCAAGCCCACGUCUCUACUAUUCAGAUGGUCCUCAGAGACAUAACCAGGAAAAUUUGAAUGGCUCUGAUCUUGAUGAGUUCAGGUUGCGUGAUGCAUCAGGUGCAGCUCAGCAUGCGCUUAACAUGGCUAAGCUCAAGAGAGAAAAAGCUCAGAGGUUGCUCUACAGAGCAGAUCUAGCAAUUCACAAGGCUGUGGUUGCUCUCAUGACUGCUGAGGCCAUUGAAGCUUCUUCUGAGGACUUUGGUGAUGGAUAGAAUGACAAGAAUGAAUAUGAGAUGAUGAGGGAAGAAAGGAACUGGCCAACUGUGGCCAAGAGAUCUUAAGAUAGGACACUGGUUUUGCUGGAAGGAUCUGUUUUUUCCUGGUCAAUGGUGGUGGCCUCGUGGCAUCAUAUAUAUAUAGGAGAAUCUAAUCAGAGAGCUGUGUCAUCAUGACGAGAUAUUUUCACUUGUGCCACAUAUUGUGGUCUUUUCUUGUGCAACUUCACAGUUUUGCCACCCACUAGUUCUUUUGUUUAGUCCAAGCAGCAGUUUGCUCAGAUCAGUGGCAACUGUUCUAUUGAUCCUGCAGGUAAGGGUGUAUGAAUUUUUUGGCUGCCAAUCUCUGUACAGAAAAAUUUUCCUCCCCCUCUUUUUUUCUUUUCAUUCCCUCCUUAUCCCUGGAAUCGAAGUAGCAGUUGGCCUGAAUCAUAUAUACACCCUUUAGAAUGAAAUGAAAAAUUUCUCUCUGAAAAAUGGAGAAAAAAAAAUUCUGUAAGUAAUUAUUUUAUAGUUUCAUAGAGAUUCAUGAAGAGUUUAGGAAUCUGUUGCUUCCCCUUGUUGCAUAUUUUAAUCAGUAACUAAUCUUUGUCAAGCAA